CCCCUGUUGGUCUCCUUGGUCACACACACACACACAAACACUGACGAAGGCUCAGUCCUGCCACGGCCACGGCCACCGUCAUGGAGAAGAGCUCCCUGGUCUAUUCGGCCUCCGUGGAAGCACUAAAGCCUGACCCGGACACUAGCGUAGAACCCGACUCAGCAGCGAAGCCUGAGCCCAGAGAUGAAGAGGACGAGGAAGAGGAAAAGGAAGGAGGAAGCUCCGAAGUGGGGCAGAGUUCAGAUCCAGAGUGGAUGGAAGAGAGGUUCAGAAUUGACAGGAAGAAACUAGAAACCAUGUUGUACGCUCCUAAACAAGAAGAGGAGGAGGACGAGACCGGAGAAGAGUUCUUUCAAAGAGUAAUGAGGGAAACUAACACCCAGGUGAAAUGGCCAUCCAAGCUGAAGAUAGGUGCCAAAUCAAAGAAAGAUCCACACGUGAAGGUAGAAGGGAGAAGGGAAAAUGUAAUGGAAGCCAAAAAGAAGAUACUAGAGGUGCUGGAAACAAAGGUAAACAAAGUGACUCUGAAGAUGGACGUGGCAUACACUGAGCACUCACACGUUAUUGGCAAAGGAGGAGGGAACAUCAAAAAGGUGAUGGAGGUCACCUCCUGUCACAUCCACUUCCCUGACUCCAACCGGCACAACGGUGCAGGAGAGAAAAGCAACCAGGUCUCCAUUGCUGGACCAAUAGAAGGAGUGGAGGAAGCCAGAAGGAGGAUAAGAGACCUCCAGCCACUGUCGCUGACAUUUGACCUGCCAGUCAGCCUGAUGCCCCAGGCUCUGCCAGAUGCAGGAUCCCCACUCAUCCAGCAGGUGGUGCAGACUUUAGGGGUCAACGUGAGCUUCAGGACCGUGCCUCCUCUUCCUCAAGCCCAACCCCACCUUUAUGGGAGCUCCUGCACCGUCUGGGGUCUGCAGGGCAAUGCGGCUGCUGUCAAGAAGGCAACCUGCAUCCUGAUGGAGAUCCUGCUUGGGUCGGAGGCAGCAGGUGGAGGUGUGAGCAGCCAGCUGGACGUGACCGCUCAGCAGCACCUCUUCCUGCUGGGACAGAAUGGUGCGCACUUCCUGAGCGUCAUGCACAAGACCCAGACCCAGAUCAUUCUGCCAGACCUCAGCGCUCCUCAGAGCCCCUCCUCACUGCUCAUCCAGGGCAGCCCUGAGGGGGUGUGUCUGGCUCGGGAGCAGCUCACGGACUGUCUGCCAGUGUGUUUGAUGUUUGACUUGCGUGAAGACGGCGAGGCAGAUCCUUGUAAAUUGGCUCAGAUGAUGCAAAACCUGGGAGUCUUCAUUAGUGUCAAGCCCAAAGUGAAACAGACCAGCAAGUCAGUGGUGGUGAAGGGUCUGGAGAGGAACAUCUCCUGUCUUUACGAGGCCCGUCGUCUCCUCCUGGGACUUGAGUCCUGUGAGACAGCCAACAUUUCUACGUUGAACUCUGACCUCAUGAUCCCUGGCUCUGGGCUGACCAACUAUUGGCUCAAUAUGUUGCUGCAGCAGCUACGUCUCUCUGAGCAGGGUUUUGCACUUUCUCCCGGUUCAGAAGUUAUGACUGGUACCAGGUCGCACCCCUCACCUCCUCCAGGCCUCACCUCUCCCUCUGACGAGAACAGAGUGGGACUGAAGGGAACAGACAGUCGACCGCUGGAGAAGAUCCUUGAAAAUGAGUAUCAGUCUGGCCAAUCAGAGGACGAGAGCCCUGAGGUCGUGGUGAUGUCACCCUCUGAGGGCUAUGAUGUUCUGUGCAGCAGAUUGGGGCUGAAAAGUCGGAGGGGGAGUCUUCAAAGUCCAGAAAUCACUAAGAUCUUGAGCCAGGGCCGACGCCACUCCACAGGACAGUCGCUAACAUGCAGACUGCUGAACUCAGAGUCGGAGGGGGGGAGGAGCGAGCGGAGGAACAGCUUGAGGAAAAGUCUGACUCAAAAUCUUCACACUGACUCCUCCAAGGCUGAGGAUUACGACUACCAGAAGAAGAAACUGCUGGCAACAAGAGCUAUGCAGAGGAAGCCAGUGGUCACAGAGGUCCGCACACCCACAGACACCUGGAGCGGUCUCGGCUUCUCCAAGUCAAUGCCAGCUGAGGCCAUCAAAGAGCUCCGUAACAUCAGCCGGCGCAGCUACAAACCCUACUUGAGCACCAGCAAUAAUCAGCAACAGCCCUGGGCCGCUCAGACUGGGAAGGUGUGUAAUGGCAGCGACUCUGAAAACUGGAGGGAAAGACGUGGAUCCGCAUCCCAUCCUUCAUCUUCCUCCUCUCCGUCCUCCCCCUCCUCCCCUACCUUCUCCUCUCCCCCCUCCCCCUUUCCUGCAUUUACAGCACAAUCGAACAGAAGCAGAAUCGACAAACCCUCGGAAAGCUUCGUCAGCAGCGGCGGCUACUUUGAAGACGAGUGCUCGUUGAGAAGGGCGUCGACCUGCAGCCAGCGUAGUCCCUCCCCGCUCGUGAAGGAUGACCUGCCUGAGCUGCUCAGCCAACUCGGACUAAUCAAAUACAUUGAUGUGUUUGAACAACAAGAGAUCGACUACCAGACCUUCCUCACUCUGUCUGACGAAGAUCUGAAAGAAGUAGGCGUCUCUACCUUUGGAGCGAGACGCAAGAUGUUGCUAGCAAUCUCAGACCUGAACAAGAGCAGGAGGAGGCUUUCAGACGCGCCCUCCAUCAAGCCUGUUUACUUGGAAGGAGGCGCGAGUGGCAGACUUCCACGCAUCAUGGAUGUAGAUGCUGCAGCUCAGAAUAACCGCUGGUGAAGGGAGACGCAGACCAGCUCUGAGCUCUAGAAUAAUGCAGAAGUUUUCUAAUUACACGCUGAUUGCUGUUGCCAGAAAACUUCAUGUUACCAGAAAUGGAGAAGCCUGAAGUUGGAGCAAAAGGUGUGAAAAUGUUGAUUUCCAGUGCCUUUCUUCAACAGCAACAACCCAAAGUUUAUUUUUUAUAAAACCGAAGACAGUAUUGUCCUCUUUACAAAGACAUGGUGAUUACAGCUUUUUGUUGUAUUUUUACCUGUUUAAGGGCCUUACUUAUGCAAAUGAGCUUAGACUAGGUUAACCUCUUUUGCUGAAACUGUAAAUUCCUAAAGAACAUUACCUUUCCUAAAACACUGUAAUAAAGAAAAUAAUUUAGUUUUAGUUUCUUUAUCAAAACUGAGCAUAUAUGCUUUGAUAAUAUAACAGAAACACAAAUAAGAAAUGUACCAUCUUUUAUUUCUUGGAAAACAAUUUUUCUCUAAUAAAUUAAAGGCUUUUGAA